CGUCGGUGGCUCAGUCGCACGCGCCGCCUUGCACUGUCAACUCCUCAUGCUUCAAUUGUGAUCUGAGCUGUGUUGAUACGCGCGUGUGCAUUUGUUGUGCUCUAAACUCUAAUUCAGUUCUUACAACUGAGGGGACAUUUGUGCAGUGCUGUGUUGUUUACGUGCUAAGACAGUAUCGUUCGAAACUAACAUUCAGUUGUGACCUUCCCUUUGAUCCUCCCUCCCAAAGUGAUUUCCAAAUGGAGUGAAGACCGCAAAUUUACGACAUGUUCGUACGAAAUGAAAAAUAUCGAAUAGUAUCGCUGUAUUGAAAACGAAAUAAAUUCGAAAUGGUCAACGGGAACUAUGUUUUGUAUGGGGACAGGCCGUCCUCCGAGUCGGAGAUCGUGGACGACCAUGUCCACGCUAAGACAGCCGAAAGGAAAAACAGAAGAAAAGCGCACAGGACGGCCAAUGAGCUGCAGUCCACGCUGAACAUGGCUCAGCUGGACAACGAGACUGAUUCAAUAAAAUAUGAGAAAAGGAUCAAGGAGCCGAGGUUGUUGCGGUACGUGCCGACGACGGAUGUGGAGGAGCACUACGUCUCGGAUAAAUUCGAGACGUACGAUUUGAAGCCGGCGAAUGAGGAGCGGCCGCGUCGGUAUGCGUUUACGAAAAAGCCGAAAAACCCGGCGGACGGUUCGGUGAAUUACGCGUAUUCUCGGUCCAGUAGUAGCUGCAGCUCGCCGAACGGCAACCUGCCCACGAUAUCGGAGCACGCGGAGCAGUACGGCACGUACCGCGUGCGGCCCGUGCCCAGCCCCACCGUCGAGGACAUCAUGUCGGGCUACGAGUCGAAGCUGGACAAAUAUUUCUCAAAGCCCAGGGAGGUGAAAAAGUUCGCGGCCAAGGGCUCGCACCCUGACAGCCUAUACCGGGUGUCAGCGGGCAGCGGCGUGGGCGCGGGCAAGCUUGCGCGUGCGCUUCGCAUCAUGCGGUGGCCGGCCGCGCUCAUCCUCGUCUGCGUGGCGCUGGCUGUCUUCGUAUACUUCUUGAUGCCAGACAACAUAGAGGCUGGCCUAGACGCAGCGAAUGGCACUACCUACUGGGAGCAGGUGUCGGCUGGUGCUGGGGCCCAAAUACGAAGACUACCGCCCAAGAAAGAACAAAUACCGGACAGCAAGGGCAAGGCCGUCUUGCCCCAAAUGCCGGGUACAAAAACUUCGGAAAUCGAUUUCUACGAUGCAGAUACAGACAAAAAUUAUGAUAUAGCAUCAGUAUUAGACUCCGUUAUAGAAACUAAUGCGAAUAGAAAAUUGCCAAUACAACCAGUUUUUCCUGCUCAUAUUACACCAGAAGUUCAAUACGGUAAUGAGAGAGUAGACUCUGAAAAACUCAGGACACCUAAAACCCUGGAUGAAUCGAACACACUCCCCGAUGAUUCAACUCUUAAGCCGCAUAUUACCCAAAAACCGGAAAAACCUCUCGCAGUUUAUUUCAAAGACGGAAAUGGCAUAACGAUCACUGCUAGCACAGAAACUAUAGCAAAAGCGGAGACUCUUAACGACUUUACUAAUUACGGAGAAAAGUACACAACAAAGAAUGUCGAAGAGCCAAGCAUUAAACCUCAUGUGCCUAUUUACAAAGAACAUCCUGUGCCUCAAACACACAAAGUGAAAAUGGUGCCUCAAGUCUAUGAAAAACCGCAUGAUAUCCCACCGGAAAUCCAAGAAUUUUUCUAUCGCCGACCUACGAACGUGGAUGUGAAUUUCACCUCAGGUCAUUCUAAACUUUUUGGUAUAUCUAUUGAGGAUGCAGAAAAGAUGAGAUCUACCACCCAAAGUUCUGCUUAUAACACUCGAGUGUCGCCCACACUCCCAACGUGGCGGGACGGCGAUGACUCGACUACAAAAAAAUAUCCAGUAAACGUUAAUUAUGACGUACCUCAAUGCCGUUCAACUCGGCUAGCACUGUGCCGAGGGAUCCUUCCUUAUGAUUUGGCUGGUCCUGCUGCCCAUGUGAACGGAGUGGAGAUCACAUCCCUCCUCUCCCAGAUCGAGUUUCUGGUGUCCACCAACUGCAGUGAGCGCGUGCAGCACUUCAUGUGCGCUCUUCUGGAGCCCGAGUGCAGCCCGCCACCGUACCCGGCGAAGAUGCCUUGCUACAGUCUUUGCAAAGCAAUCUCCGACGGUUGCGACGGCUUGAUACCUCGCGAGCUGACGGCAGCGCUGAACUGCAACCAGUACUCGUCAUCCAACUGCGUGGCGGCCAAGAGUCCCUGCUUCCCUCGAGAGCUGCCUUGCGGCGACGGCACGUGCAUACCCCGCGAUUGGAUCUGCGAUGGUGCUGCGGACUGUCCCGCCGGGGAAGAUGAAGAUCGAUGCGUUACGUGUGAAGCUAAUGAGUUUAAGUGCCCUUCUGGAGGAUGCAUUCUAAAGCGUUGGAUGUGCGACGGCUACACCGACUGCCCCGGCGGCGAGGAUGAGGCGCAAGGAGUGUGUGAAGCCCAAGGAGUUCAGACAGGAGGUGGUAACGCUGCGGCUGCGAGAAGUGAACCGGGCGAGGAGUCCGCUGGCUCCGCACCCGCGCCAGCUGUGAGGAAACCAUUCCGGAUUCCUCCUGGACGGGCCAAAGACCGAUCAGAUGCAGAAAGCAGUAAGGAGCUUCUGGUCACAAGUGACAGCAGUAACGCGCUCAAGCGGAACUUUACUCGACGUCCUUCGCUCUCCCGUUUGACGCCGUACACCCGACCAAAGGUCAGCUUCGUUCGCCCCCCAGAAAACCCUGAAGAAGAAAAACCUGAAACGACCAGGAAGCCUCAGUAUGGCAGAAAAGUAGUAGAAAAGAAACAAAAGACGGAAUCAGCGGAAGACGUGAACAUCGGGGAUCUAGGGUUCUUCGAUGAUAUUGAUAAGGGAGACGAGAAAAAACGAGACGAAGGCACGCGGAAGGCGCCUGCAAACGAACCAGCUGCGAUCAAAGCCGAACCUGAGCUCACGCACCUGGAUAAAACGAUAAGCAAACUCGAGAAGGUCAUCGAUGGUGCAGCGUUAUUAAGGAAAGCAGCUCAGCAAGACCCACCAGACUCUCCCGAAACAAACGGCACGACCAUAGACAAAGAGGAUGAUUAUUCCCCGCCACAAAGUGGGCCGAGUGGACUGAGCGAUUCCAACGGUCCGGGUAUUCCAGGAGGAUCUGGUGCGCCUGGUGGGAUGUCGUCUAUGAGUUCCCACGCAUCCCCCUGCCCGAGUGGAGAGCUGCGAUGUGUGGACGGACGCUGCAUCACUCUCGCGCAGCUGUGUGAUGGCACCAUCGACUGCUUCGACCACGCUGACGAGGAUAACUGCUACACGUGACCACCACGCGAAUAAGUUAUUGAUUAAGAAAUAGGGAGUUAUGAAAACAAAUGAGAAUUGAUCUUUAUUGGUAGAAUAAGAACGACGCGACUUAUGUCUAAAUUUUCAAAUCGUGAUCGCUGAAAUGAUCGAAUGUAUCAGCUACAAAAUAAUCAGAAUCAUGCCGUGAACAUCGAAAACAGAAAAUGAAGACCUCUCCCCUCACAUCGCAAGAGGAAAUAUUUUUAUUCAGAACACUCAAAAAUUAUGUUGGUUAUUUCUUUGGUACCUAUCUCCUGAAACAAAAUUAAAAGUAAUAAAAAUGACAAAUUCAGUACGAUAAAAUGUUUAUAUCAAAACAAAAAUAUGCCGUUUAUUACGAAUACGUAGUUUAAGUGAUGUAAAUAUUUAUCUUUAGUUAAUGAUUAAUUAAUUACUUAAUGUCAUUUUGGCUUAUUAUUUCCGAAACCUAUUUGUCACGAGUUAAUUAGUUGCACAGUAGCUUUAGUUACGAAUGACGUAGGUAUUUUAAGUUAAUUAUAAGGUAACUUUAAGAAUACAUACGAGCUGAAAAGUCUUCGUAAUAACUUGCCUAUUAUUAUUGAAUUUAUUAAUCUAUAUCAGAUUCGUUAAAAUUUUAUGCAAAUCGUACGAAAAUUGGUUUGAAAAGUUGUUUAUUAUCUUCUUAUUUUUAAAAGGCAAAUGCUAAUGAAAUGACUUUGAAGGUAUAUUUUAUGCUGUGAUAAAGCAAUGCAUGAAAUUUAAGUAAUUAAGGCUUUUUACUCUGUUUAAUUUUACAUUUGAAUACUCAUUCCUUUGAUUUUAAUCUUCGCAUUUUACAAACUCAGUGUAUAAAAAUAUUAGAUUAAAAAAUAUUUCCGUCCAAUUAAAUGUACCUGUAUCCAAUAUGACUACCAUUAGCAUUCCUAUUCCAUUACUUUUAUUAUUAUAAAUGCUUUUUAAACGUAUUUGUUUAGUCAUUUUCAGCUUUAACACUUAAAUCAAGUAAAACCAGAAUAAUCUCUUCGCAUUGUUGGCUUACAGAAAGUCAAUAAAUUAGUGAUACCACCCUUCGUUGAUUUUUUAUGUCCAAAUAGAUUAGUAUAUGAACAAGUAUUAAUGCUCUACAAGUGAAUCUCAAAAUUUAUUGUUUUCAUAUAAAUAAGCAUUUGUAAAUAUGUAGCUUGUGAUAAGCGGUAGGUUAAAUUAGUUUUAGUAUUUAUAUUUAGGUACAACGAAGUUUUUUCACCUUAAAUACUUUUGUACCUAUUUAUUAAUCAAGUGAAAUGUUUUUAGUUUAGGUCUUUAUCGAAAAACUUAUCAAUCAAACUUAAAAUCUGUACUGCUGCUGUAUUUAAGGUAUUUACAUUCAAAUUAUAUUGGACAGUAAAACUAAAAUAUAAUGCUUACUAAUGAUACAUUUUAUUUCAUACAAAUUAUGAUCGCUUAAAUGUAAGUCCAAAGUAAUGUCAUAAUAAAGUGAGUUAUGUAUUAAAAAUCUACUCUACGUAGAUAUUGCGUC